UACUGGAAUAUUUGUCAGAUUCAUCUCUGAUCCUCACGCAGAAGGCUUUUAUUCAACUAGCUUGGCUAUCUGAGUGAGGAGCAGGAAGCCAAGACUGAGCUGUAGAUGUAUCGGCAGCAGGGAACCCAGUAUGAAGAAAGCAGGCAAGGCGGCGGUGAGUAAGGCAGCGAGUGGAGGAGGCAAAGGUGAAGGGGUCACCGCAGGACCUGUGGCCAAAACUGCAGCCAAAGCCUCCACCUCAGCUCCACUGUCUAAGGUGAAAAGCAAUGAUGAUCUUCUAGCCGCCAUGGUAGGAGGCACUGCAGCAACCAACAACACCGUGGCCAAGAGCAAAAAGCACAGCUCAUCAAAUGCUACAGGCACCAUCAACCCUGACAGCAAGGCAAAACCCACGAUAGCCUCUACUGCCAAACGGCCAUCAUCCUCGACCUCCACUAAAGAGACAAACUCCUCAAGGGACCGCCUUCGGACUUCGAGAACCUCAUCCAAUAAGAAGCUCUCAUCAGCGGGCACAGCCGAUGGGGCACUACCCAAGCGUUCUCGAGGACAGACCCUGACGUCAGAUCCCGAGAGCCGCAUGAGCAAGUCCAGAUCUGAUGGGCAGCUGAGCGAUAAAGUGGCCCUGGAAGCCAAAGUGAAAGAUUUACUGGGUCUGGCCAAGAGCAAGGACGUAGAGAUCCUGCAGUUACGAGGGGAGCUGAGAGAUAUGCGUGUCCAGUUGGGUCUCCCUGAGGAAGAGGAAGUGGAGGAAAGGCCACCAGAGAGGGAGGUAUCGGGUGCUAUCACAGCAGCCGACGUGGAGUCCACCUUACUGCUCCUGCAGGAGCAGAACCAGGCCAUCCGUGGAGAGCUCAACCUUCUGAAGAAUGAGAACCGCAUGCUGAAGGACCGCCUCAACGCGCUGGGCUUCUCCCUGGAGCAGAGACUUGAUGGUGCAGAGAAGAUUUUUGGCUAUCUUUCCACCAGUCCUGACCCCUCUAGUCUAGGGACCAGUGGGGGCCACAAUGACUGUAGUGCACCCUUGGCCUCCUCCAUGGAAGGUUCUGCUCCCGGCUCCAUGGAAGAUCUCCUGACAGGAGGCCAGCGGAGCGGCUCCACAGACAAUCUGGACAGUGAGUCGAGUGAGGUGUACCAUGCUGUCACCUCCAGUGACGACGCCUUAGAUGCCCCCUCAGGUUCUUCAUCCUCCUCUGAGUCAGAGGGUGGCGGGGCAGCCCCGAGCCGUGAGCGCUCUCGGAAGGGCAGCAGCGGCAACGCCAGCGAGGUGUCCGUGGCCUGUCUGACGGAGCGAAUCCAUCAGAUGGAGGAAAACCAGCACAGCACAGCGGAGGAGCUGCAGGCCACACUGCAGGAGCUUGCCGACCUCCAGCAGAUCACCCAGGAACUGAACGGCGAGAACGAACGGCUGGGUGAGGAAAAGGUCAUUCUCAUGGACUCGCUUUGCCAGCAGAGCGACAAGCUGGAACAGUGCGGCCGUCAGAUCGAGUACCUGCGUUCGCUACUGGAUGAACGCGGAGUGGCCUACAGCGUGGACGAGGACAUCCGCAGCGGCCGUUACCUAGAGCUUGAACAGCGUUACGUUGAGUUGGCCGAAAGUGCACGCUUUGAGCGCGAGCAGCUGCUAGGUGUGCAACAGCACCUCAGCAACACUCUCAAGAUGGCCGAGCAGGACAAUGCCGAAGCGCAAGGCGUCAUUGCCGCUCUCAAAGAUCGUAACCACCACAUGGAGCGACUGGUGGAUGCAGAGCGGCAGGAACGGGCGGCGGUGGCGGCAGCGCUGGACGAGUGCCGCGUGGUGUUGAACGCCGACCAGGCCGAGCUGAGUCGAUGUCGAGCCCAGCUGGAACAGGAGAGGCAAAAAGUGGCUGAGCUCUAUUCCAUCCACAACGCCGGUGAUAAGAGUGACAUCCGGCAACUGCUAGAGGCCGUGCGGCUAGACAAAGAGGAGGCAGAGGGCAAAGCGGCUAAGCUAGAGGAUGAACUGUCACAUGCUCGUACCGAGGUUGGACGCCUACAGGACACGCUCAGCAAGCUGGAUAGGGAGUACCGUGACUUCCAGAGCGAGGUGCAGAAGGAGCUGGCCGAGCAGAAGCGCGUUCUGGAGAAGCAACGCGGAGACAUGCAGGAGAAAGAGACGGAGAUCGCAGACAUGAAGGAAACCAUCUUCGAGCUGGAGGACGAGGUGGAACAGCACCGCGCUGUCAAACUGCACGACAACCUAAUCAUCAGUGACCUGGAGAACUCUGUGAAGAAGCUCCAGGAACAGAAGCAUGAUAUGGAGAGAGAGAUUAAGACGUUGCACCGUAGACUCAGGGAGGAGUCUGCAGAGUGGCGUCAGUUUCAGGCCGACCUCCAGACGGCCGUCGUCAUCGCUAAUGACAUCAAGUCGGAAGCACAGGAGGAGAUUGGAGACCUGCGUCGCCGGCUUCACGAAGCUCAGGAGAAGAACGAGAAACUGGGCAAAGAGCUCGACGAAGUCAAAAACCGCAAGCAGGAUGAAGAGCGCGGGCGUGUAUAUAACUACAUGAACGCUGUGGAGAGGGACUUGGCUGCUUUGAGACAAGGCAUGGGCUUGAGUCGACGGUCCUCCACCUCCUCUGAACCCUCCCCUACUGUCAAAACCCUCAUCAAGAGCUUUGACAGCGCCUCGCAGGGACCGGUACCCAAUGCUGCCGCCGCCGCUGCUGCCGCCGCUGCCGUCGCUAACACGACGACAGCGACGGCUUUACCCCGCACGCCCCUGAGUCCAAGCCCCAUGAAAACCCCACCGGCCGCUGCCGUCUCACCCAUACAGAGACACUCUAUCACUGGUCCCAUUUCCACGACCAAGCCUCUAUCCUCUCUGGCAGACAAGAGGCCCAGUUACACAGACAUAAGCAUGCCAGCAGAACAUUUACUCCGCACAGCAAAUGGUAGUCGGCCUGCCUCUGCACUCCAGAGAGUCUCCAAUAUCGAUUCCUCAAAGUCAAUUUCAGUCUCUCGUAGGAGCAGUGAAGACAUUAAGAGGGAGAUCAGCGCUCCAGACAGCGGGCCAAGCUCCUCUCUAAUGGCCAUGGGUUCAGGAACCGCACCUCUCUCCCUGUCCUCCUCAACUCCCACGGCCUCAGUCACGGCACGAAGCCGCCUCCGUGAGGAGAGAAAAGACCCUCUGUCGGCCCUGGCUCGGGAAUACGGCGGCUCGAAGAGAAACGCUUUGCUGAGGUGGUGUCAGAAGAAAACGGAGGGUUAUCAGAACAUUGACAUAACCAACUUCAGCAGUAGCUGGAACGACGGGCUGGCAUUCUGCGCCGUCCUCCACACUUACCUGCCAGCCCAUAUACCUUACCAGGAGCUGAACAGUCAGGACAAGAGACGCAAUUUCACCCUGGCCUUCCAAGCUGCGGAGAGCGUGGGCAUUAAAUCCACUUUGGACAUCAAUGAAAUGGUGCACACAGAGAGGCCUGACUGGCAAAGCGUCAUGAUGUACGUCACUGCCAUUUACAAGUACUUUGAGACCUGAGCCCACCACCAUGUGUGUACAGCAGUGGCUCUCCCAAAACCAUUCCAUCCAGCUCAGUGCAUCUCCUGAACCCCACGUCCUAGCCAAGCCUACAGCUCAGCCCACAUUAACACACACUGGGUUUUUCAGUACUUUUGGAAAAGGGACCAACAGCAGAGAUACAACAACUCAACUACAGACUCAGAAUGAAUGAUAAAAAGCUUCCUGUUUAAAUGAUUCCUCCUCCUGAACUCAGCAUUUUGAUUGGACUUCCACG